AUGGCUCGAGGAAAUAAUGAUGAAAUCAUUCGAAUCGUCGUCAACAGCGUCACGGACUUAGUACUUGCUCGCAACUCUCGCGUCAAUUGGAUCUGCCGUCGACGAGGCAGAAUCGCAGGACUUCCUGAUACCGGCGACGAGGCCAAACGAAGAUCGAGGCCGAAAACCCUUUCCCGCCGGACAAUGCACGAGGCGCCGUGUUUUGAACCCUCCCGAACGCGUGACACGCUACAGCCCGAAUGCGAGGAGGCCAACACCGGGUGGCAAUGGGAAGACCUACGACAAUGGAAUAGUGAGGCCUCGACGCGUGAGGGUGGUGUUGAUCUGCAGGGUCAGGCCAAACUUCUGCCACAAAUCCGCCGUGUCGAACGUGCCAAGCUCCUCGUCGCGCUGAGGCCGGAUAAUUGGACGGUUUUGCAGGAUGGAGGGGUGGUGGAGUUUGCAGAGGGGUGGAAGUGGGAAAAGAGGAGGUUGAUGAAGGCUUUGCAAAGGAUAUGA